UCGUCGUGGGCAUGAGCUAUUUUGAGACUCCGCUCAAAGUUCUGUCUUUUAAAAACUAUGAUAAUACUCUCUUCGUCGGUUUCUAACUCGUAUGCACCUACUCUAGACAUCUUGAACUGAAAUCAGCUUUAAUAUCGGACUUGGUACUGGCAUGAGCGUUUACCCAACCCUGGCGCUAAGUACCAGGCUCGAGCUCAGGGUACACGGCCAGCUAGCGUGUUCGCAGUGUCUUUGUGAUCGCCGUGAUGUUGGAAUUCUAUCCUUCAAGUGCCUGGCAGUCUGCAGCAUGAUCUUCCUGGGAACGUUAAAUUUUUAAUUUGGUCAUCGAAUGACUACAGCCCUUUUCCCGAGAUAUAAAGCCUGAGGCCUUCUCUUUCCACAGAAUGUCCACGCUAUGGCCUUGAUUUUGGAUACGUCUGUGGGGGCGCUCCUGGCGGCUUCGUGGUUGAACUUGAUACUGUACACAUCCCAGGUCGCUUUGAGUGUCUAUUGCUUGCGCCACUUGACGAUAACAAGGUCGUUGCGCUCUUGGAUCUUGGCAUCUUUGGUCAUCGACGGGGCUUGUUCGAUCGUUGACGUGGCUCACGUUUACAAGUAUUUGGUUAUUGGCGAAGCCUCAUUAUACCAAGAAUUAUCAUGGACCGUCCCGUCUGCAGGCUUGCUAACAUAUACCUCCGCCUCGAUUGCCCAGGCUUUUUUCUGUUAUCGAUAUUGGACACUCACCGGGAAUAAGUGGAUCGCAGGAUUGAUUAUAUUUCUCAUCGUAGCCCAUAUGCUCUGCAAUCUGGUAACAAACAUCUACCUUCUUGCUCAUCCGAGCGACCUUGUAGCAGCUGUACCGCUCUUGAUAACUAACGCCGUGAUAUGUGCGGCAACGGACGUGACUAUUGCGGGAUCUCUGAUCUGGGCAUGUUGGCAUAUGCAAACGCCUUACAUACAAACAAGGAACAUAUUGCGACGAGUCAUGGUACAAGCCUUGACCUGCGGCUUCACAACGGCCAUUUCCACAUCCUUCAUGAUACUUUUUCUUUUUACCGCUUGGAAUGCGUCCUAUACCCUUUUUGCUGUGCUCGGACGCAUUUACAGCCUGACGAUUCUGAUAACUCUUAUGCUGCUUAAGGCUAUGGGUCGUAGUGAUCCAUCUACGAUCAGAAUAGAUGGUGAUGGUGGCUCUGAGCCUGCGAGUAAGAGCCCGGUUUGUGAAUUAUGUUUUAAGCAUACGUCGGAUACCGACUCGACAGGGAAAAUGCAGACAUCGAGUAAUGAGAGUGAAAAUAUUCAUCCCUCGACGCCUCUUCAAUUUGGGACUCUAGCUAAAGCUUGUAUUCAUACUGUUUAAAUUAUGUAAUGAAAAGACGAUGCCAGCUACCUGUAUAUCGAUAGUCAUUUUAGGAAAUUCGCUUGAAUCCAUUCGCACUGUAGAUUAUAGUGAUGCAUGCCUACCCAUCCCUUAGUUCGGCGAGCACAAGACGUUGACG